AUGAGAAUCUUUUUGAAGUCAAUUGAUUACAACAUUUGGAAGAUUAUUCUCAAUGGACCAGACGUCCCAACUAAGCAAAACGCUGAUGGAGAAGUUGUGAAAAAAGAAGACAAUGAGUGGACAGAGGAAGAAAAGAAGAAGGUUGAACUCAAUUCAAAGGCAAUCAACCUGAUGCACUGCGCAAUAAGUUUUGAAGAAUACAGAAAAGUGUCAAAGUGCAAGACAGCUAAAGAAAUAUGGGAUAAGCUCAGACUCAACCAUGAAGGCACCAAACAAGUGAGGGAGACCAGAAUUGAUAUGCUGAUGAAGGAGUAUGAAAUGUUCAACAUGAAGGAGGAAGAGAGCAUUGAUCAAAUGUUCGAAAGGUUCUCAAUAAUCAUCAACAAUCUGGAUGCCAUGGGGAAGAGCUAUUCCGAAGAAACCUUGGUAAGGAAGACUUGA